UUGGACUAAUAUUGUUUAGAUCUUAAAGAUAUUUGGUCCAUUAGUUCGUGUGCUUAGAUUAGUUGAUGGUGAGAAAAUGCCUGCAAUGGGAUAUAUUUAUGAGGCGAUGGAUAGGGCUAAAGAAGCAAUUGCAAAGUCAUUUGAUGAAAAUGAAGAAAAAUACAGGACAAUUUUUGAGAUUAUUGAUAAACGAUGGGAAAGCCAACUCCAUCGACCUUUGCACGCAGCUGGAUAUUAUUUGAAUCCUGAAUUUUUUUAUUCAAAUGAGAAAAUUAAUGAAGAUGUUGAGGUUGUUACCGGUUUAUUCCAAGUUGUAGCAAGGUUGAUUCCAAGCAAAGAAGAGCAAGACAAAAUAAUGGCACAAUUACCUUUUUAUCAAAAUGCUGAAGGUAUCUUUGGGAUGGAUAUGGCAAUUAGGAAUCGAAAGAAAGUAUCUCCAGCUACAUGGUGGCUAACUUAUGGAGCAACAACUCCAAAUUUGAGAAAUUUUGCUGUUAAAGUGCUUAGCCUCACUUGUAGUGCAUCUGGUUGUGAGCGUAAUUGGAGCAUCUUUGAGCAUAUUCACAGUAAAAAAAGAAAUAGACUAGCUCAAAAUCGCUUGAAUGAUUUGGUGUUUGUCAAGUACAAUCGGUCAUUAAAGCGUAGAUAUGAUGCACGUGACCGCAUUGACCCCAUCUCAUUGAAAGACAUUGAUGAGAGUAAUGAAUGGUUGAUGGGUCAAAUGGAGGAAGAGAUUGAUAGAGAUGAACUUGUUUUUGAAGAUGAUGAUUUGACAUGGAAUGUGGUUGCUGCACAUCGGAGUCAAGAGAAUGCCUACAACACUAGAAUAAGCAAACGGAAAAAUGUUGCAUCUACAUCACAGCAAAAAAGAAAAGUAUCAUCCACUCGUACUUCUUCACUUCUUGAAGAUGAGGAAGAAAAUGAUGAUGAUGAAGAUGUUAAUUUGGAAGAUGAGUAUGAGGAGGAUAAUGAAGAUGAUGAAGAAGAUGAAGAAGAUGAAGAGGAUUUUGAUAUUUCUAUUGAUGGAGAUUGA